ACUGAAGCCAUCGCUUGUAUUGACAGCAAAAACAGUGUUUUGUUUUGAUUGCAAUCUAAAUAUGAAUCCCUUUUAAUCGCUAAUCAAUUGUCAAUUGUAUGCCAUUUAGUCGCCAAUCAAACCAUUCAUACAGUCAUCUCAUUGAGUGAUAAUCACCACAACUGAGCACUUAUUGAGUGAUUAAAUAUUACUUUAAAAGACGUUAUAAUUUAAUCUCAACACCGAAGACAUGGCCGCCGGACGAAGACAUCGACUCUUUGGAUCAGUUCUCAGUUUCAAUUCUGACCGUGAAAUCAGUUUCUGAAUCCCAAACACAUCCAAACCAUUACUUUUUUUCUUGUCGUUUGUUUUUAUCAUAAAUUUUAUUUUGAAUACAAUUUAGUGAUCAGUUUUAACACUCAAUUCACACAUCAAAUGGAGCGAAACAGUGGUUAUAAAAGUGCCAAUCGGUCCGAAGUUAACGACAAUUACGUGGACUACGAGUCCAAUGAGACAAAUGAUGACAAUCUGAUGGAAGUUUUGGAUAAUUUCCGGGAAAACUGGAGACGAGAAGGAAACGACACGAUAACAGAUGUAGACCUGAAAGCCAUGGAACUGUUCAAAGAGGGGGAACUUCUUGAGCAAAGGGGCAAAAUGUAUGACGCGGUGGCCUUCUAUCGUAGGGCCACUCAAUUGGUUCCCGACAUUGAGUUCAAAAUGUAUAGAUUGGAGACCAGAAUGGAGUCAAACAAUGAAAACGUGGAGAACAGUGAUCCCGAAGACAGCGCUAAUCAAUCAAACAUUGAUCCAAACGAAACGUACGACGAUUUCGAUGACAGCGAUUGUGAUCUAAUCACAAGAUUCUUGCGUUUGAAUUGCGAUGAGUUUGGAAAUGUCUUCAUUUGCUCACCAAAACAGAUGACUUCGAGGACACACUUCUCGUGUCUGCCGUUUGAAGUGGUCCUUAAUAUUCUUAAAUGGAUUGUAUCCAAUGAACUGGACUUACGAUCUCUGGAACUCUUUGGAUCAGUUUGUCGUGGAUUUUAUAUCGCGUCGAGAGACCAGGAGUUGUGGCGUUUAUCGUGUUAUAACGCGUGGGACAGCCAUUCGAGCGCUUCCCUGAUCUCUAAUUACGGCAAUAAUUGGCGGCAUAUGUUUGUAGAGAGAGUUCGGCCCAACUUUAACGGCGCUUACAUCAGUCGCACCACUUAUAUAAGGCAAGGAGAGGCCUCUUUCCAAGACGUCCACUACAGGCCCUGUUAUCUCGUUGAGUACUAUCGAUACAUCAGAUUCUUUCCCAACGGACUCGUGUUGAUGUUGACCACAGCCGACGAUCCGCAUCAAAGUUUGCCAUUACUUCGUCGCCGAAAGCCCAGGAAUAGUAACGUAUUGAGCGGUCACUACGGCAUCAAUGGACAGACCAUUUUCAUAGUCAUGAAACGGGACAUCAUCUCAGAGAGCAGUCAAAUGGCGCGUAAAUAUAAGGGUAAGAAUCGGGACAAAAGUGUGUCCACACAGACGUUCAACAUCUCAUUGGACGUGAAAACUGUGAAACAGCGCCCAAAUCAUCAGCUCUUAUGGAAACACUAUUCGGUUCAAUACCGUAAGCCUAACGGCCAUGAAAUGGUCACUAAUUUUGAGUUAACUGCCAAUAAGUUUCCGUCGUUUUGGUUCUCACGAGUCAAGAGUUACGUAUCGACUGCUGAACACAAACUCGUGUAA